CUCAGAUUUAGUUUCUCUUCUCCUCCUGCAAGGUAGAAAGAAUGUGAACUUGAGAAGAUGGCAAAGCCAAAUCUGAUUGUGUACACCUACUUUUUUAUCUUCCUUCCUUUUACUUCUUCAGAAAGUGGCUCUGGGUUGGAAACAUCUAUAGGAUAUGGUACUUGUGCAGAUGAUGAGCAAGAGAACAGCUUUAAGUGUUUCACUCAAAUGCCAGUAGUCCUAAGCAAUUUCUUAAUUUGUGAAGCUACUGGGACAGAGAUGAACCUGAAUGAGACAAAUGUCAGUUUUUCUGUGUAUGGGACUCAACCCCGGUCCUGCUUCAUGAAAAAUCCUCUUGUCAGCAAUUGUUCUAUAUACAGCAGCGAUCUUAUUGAUGUUUUGGACGUUUGCUUGACAAUAACUUUGAUCAAUCCUUGCAAAAAUUGCCAGAAAUUGAACGCUGUUCAUAUUGUUAAACCUGAAGCACCUUUUGGUCUAAAUAUCACCUACCAGGAAAAAGCAAAUGAGUACCUUGUUCAAUUCUCAACAACACACGUAGCAAACUCAUUCCUUAAAGACAAAUUGAUACAUCAGUUAGCCUACCGACAAGAAAAUACAAACUGGACUACCAUCGAAUCUAAUUUCCUUAGAUUCAAACUUCUGGGGAAGAAAUUCGAGCCAGAAGUCACAUAUGAGAUGAAGGUUCGGUCAAGGCCCAACGGACAUUAUUUCAAAGGUCAUUGGAGUGACUGGAGCUCAUCCCAAUAUUUCAAACCUUCAGCCAGAACAUCAAGCGGAAUAAACAAAGAUGUCCUGAUAACCAUAUUCACUGCAAGCUUCUUCGUACUUUUUGUUGUAAUUCUUCUGGUCCCAAUAUUUUGGAGAAACAGGAUCAAAGCAAUUAUUUGGCCCACCAUCCCUAACCAUCAGAAAACUUUGGAUAAAUUCUGCAACAAACUAAGAAAGAAUUCAGACAGCAGUUUCUUUAAUCCUGAGAGUUUGGGAUAUGCUCACAUCCACAAGGUGGAUAGCGUUCAGGCUAAGUCAGAAGUUGUCCACCUUCAGCCCCCAUCAUAUAACCUGGAUGCAGAGGCUGAGGAUUUAGUGGAACAAAAAAGCAACUUGAACCAUAGUCAUCAUGGAUGGUUGAAGCUCCCUCUGGCUUAUGAAGGAAUGUUAUCGACAGAGGUGAUGAACAAGGUCUACGGUGGAAGCGAGGACCCCUCUGCUAAUCAUUCAGUCCUCAGCAUCAAUCUAUACAAUGAGGGCAGAAUUGCCGACCAACAUGGCUGGAAUAGCCAUGAUCUGUGUAAAUAUUCCGUUGUCCCAAUGAACCACAUUUUUGCCCCUGAAUUAAAAACAGGCUCUUGUCACCACACUUAUUCCAAUGGGGAGACCAGGGUGUUAAAUAAAGAAGAAACCUAUGUCACGAUGGCAAGCUUUUUUGAAAAUAAGGGGAAAUUAUGAAAUUGAUACUUACAGGCAUACAAUUACCAAGGGGCAUUUCUAGAUGUCACACAGGGCUAUAACUUCUGUUACGUUAGUUUUUCCUCCUUCCAAUGCUGAUUUUCAGCAUCGAUUUGCAGAAUUAUUAUUUUUAAAUAAAACUGUAUAAAGUUUUCCUUUAAAAUGAAAUUCACUUGCAGUCAAAAAGAAAAAGAGUUUUCUUAAUACUUAGCUUUCUACUGCAGCUGUAUUUAUUCCCUUGCUCAAAAUUGCUUCAGAGCAUUUUAAAAGCACCCAAAAGUGCUUGGAAUUCAACAGUUCCUGCUCUUGUACCUUUAGGAAUCUGUUUAGAGAGGCUUCCAUGACAUUGAGAAAAUAAAAAAAACUCUGGCCUAAAGCCAAAAUAUGUUCAUUGAAUCAUACAGGUGGUUUUUGUUUAUCGACUGCCUCAUUUAGUGACUAUUUGCAGUUAUGACAGUGAUGAGAAUGUAAUUUUAUUAUCAAUCCUCACACGUAUGACUUUCAUGGGUCUGUAAAGGAAGGAAAGCUGAAGUAAGAUCAUA